UAUUGUGUGUGUCUGUGUGCGUGUGCCACUGUGCCGAGUGUCAAUGUUUGUGGAAAGGCGAAAAAAAUAGUGGUGAUGGUGGGGUGGCUGUUGGUGGCAGCGGUGGCGGUGGUGGUUGCCUUGUAAAAUUUAUAAUUCAACCCCCGAAUCCCCCCCAAAACCUUCCCCUCCCUCGAACCCAGUGCAGUAUAGGCAUUCUAGUGCACGUGAAAAGCGAAAAAGCGGGCCCCACGGGGAUAGGAGGCCGAGUGUGCUGCGACUAAUCGCGGGAUUAUGGCCGAUCUUCAGGCGACGGUCGAGUUCGCGGUCGAGUUGUACAAGUUCUACAACGUGGAUCUGUUUCAGCGCGGAUUGUAUCAAGUACGAUGCUCGUUGCGCGUCUCUCCCCGGCUUCCGGUGCAGGUCGAAACGUGUCUGCCCGACGCAACGACGGCCGGCAUACCGUCGGUGCAGUCGGUGCUAAAUCAGAAUGGCGGAAGCAACAGCCACAACAGCUCCAACGUCAACUCCAACAGCAACAGCACCAACAACAGCAACAACAACAACAACACCAAAUGCAACAACAACAACGGCACGACCAACGGAAGUGUUGGGGCUGGUUCGAACACGAGCGGGAUAGCAAGCGGUGGUGGCGGAACCGGAAGUGGCUCGCUGCCGAGCAGUACCGCGGGCAGUGUCGGUGGUGGCGGUGGACUGGUCGCCAUCGGUGGUCCGCCCGGCAGUGGGAAUGGCCAGUCGACCGGUUCGACCAGCUCGACUGGCCGGCCGGAAGUGAGCGGACCGUGCCUCUCGUCGACUGCAAGCAGUGGCGUCAUCGGUUCGAUGUCGUCCAUGCCGAGCAGUAGCUCGAUGCCUACACCGAACUCAACCACCACGGCCGGUUCGUCGAUGGUCCCGAUCGGCAACGCUCCCGGACCGUCGUGUAUGAAUGGGAGCGGGGGUGGUGGUGGUGGUGGUGGAGGAGGCAGCAGCGGUAACUCACCGACGGCCAGCUCCGACAGUCGGUCGGGUGCGACCAUCAUCGAUGACACCGGGGCGUCACGUGUCUUUCAGAUCCUUUAUCGCAACGAGGAGGUUUCGUUGCGUGACGUUAUCAUGUUCCGGGCGCAUCUGUUAGUUGACAGCCGGCACCUGAAGGAAUCGAUCGAGCGUGCCGAAUUUUCGCUCAACCUCGAGCUGUGGUUCGGUGAGCAGACGAACGGGAACGUCCUGACGCUAGCCUCGACGCGCACGCUGCAGCUCAACUUUCAUCCUGGCCGGGGGCUUCACUAUCAUCUGCCGGUGCUGUUUGACUACUUUCACCUGGCCGCCGUCAGUGUCGGCAUCCACGCGAGCCUGGUUGCCCUGCAUCAGCCUUACAUCAAGAAAAGCAUUUUCCACUAUGUACAAAGCUGUGCACCCAAGUCAACUAAACCGUGGAUGAGCGGCUCGAAGCUCAACUGCCGGGGGGGCAAUUCACCCGGCCCGCUCGAGGCGAUCUUUUUCGGGCCGCAGGUCGGUAGCGGUGCGAAAUGUGGCGGUGGCUCCGCCGGCCGCCUGAUGCACGCCCGGAACGUCCACAAAGAAAUCUGUGCCUUGCUGCUGGGGGCCCUGGAAUCGCUCCGGCUGUCGUUGCAGGAGUUUUGCACCGUGCUACCGCACCAGUGGGCAGCACUGACCGGUUCCACACCGCUGUCCAAUCUCGACACCGAGCAAAGACUGAGAAAGCUGUCCGAUUUGGCAAAGCUCCUGGACACCGAGGACGAUCUGGCGGCCCGUGCAAACUCGGACAUUGCGCAGCUUUGCGCGGAGUGCAUACUGUACUGGCGGCGAGUACUGUCCGCUGCAACGCAACCCGCCGUUCAUGGACUGCUGGCGAAGAAGCAUCACACACUGCGCGUACGACGCUUUGCCGAAGGAUUCUUCGUGAUCGAUAAUCCACGCCAUUUGGCGAGCGGUUGCUACGAUUCCAACUAUCAAAACUAUGUGUCGAUCUGCGAGAUGGCACGACGAUCGCGCUAUCUGUCAUCGUUACCACCACUGCCCGUGCACUGUACACCGCUGGAUGGAGAUGCCAACUCGUUGCCACUUAUCUUCGAGGAUCGUUACACCGAUGCGAACGAGUACGGGAAACGGCGAUCGGGGAGUGAGCCUCAUCUGAAUGGCACCGGUGGACUGGUAACUGCUGCUGGGAACAAUCCUGGCCAGUCAACGCUAGUGAAACCUCCGAAGCAACACCACCAUCCGAACAAGAUCGCUCCGAUCGUGACCAACACCAGCAAGGAAUGUUCGUGUGGCAUUGCCACCUGCUACGUGGAACCGGUGCCUAAGAUCUGUGGCAGUUACAUGGGCAUCAUGACACCGCGGUACGCACUGGGCGGGGACAUACUGCAGGCGAGUCUAACGAUAACGCCCGCAGCAGCUGCCUCACAGAAUGGGCUGUGUCCUAAGGCCCUGUCGCGACACUCCGUUUCUACGCUGCUUGACCCGGUCCCGAUGGCCGACGUGUGUCCCUGGGAUCAACAGUUCAAGGGCAUUUACACCAGUGGACCGGCGGCGAGUGGACUCGCUGGUGGUACGUUGCCAACGCGGCACAGUAAAUCGCUCGAUCAGCUUGAAAUACAACCGAACGCUAACUCUGCUUCGUUGCCAAGACAGCAUCUGCACGGUGCGACCAAUGUGGCCAACUACAACGGGUAUGGAACUCAGCAAUCACAGCCUCACCAUCAACAGCCGCAGCAGCAGCAGCACCAAAUAGGAUCGCUUCAUCAUCAACCUCAGCAGAGACAACCAGCGAUGAUGUACCAACAUCCCGGACAACAAUCGCAACAACUUCAACAGCUGACCGGAGGUGUCGCCUUGCUGCAGACACUUCCCAAAACCAAACCCAAGAACCCGGUCCAGGCGGAAGAUCUACUGAAGAACAUCAACGAGUUUCGGGAGAAGUACAAAAAUCCGGGUGAUCCUCGCAAGAUGAUCCACGCCGGCGGUACCGCCACACACAAUCCUACGUACGAUCUGCAACAGGACGCACUGGGAAUGUCGGCACUCCUGAACGGAUACGCCAAACCAACGACCGGAGACUAUCGGCACGAGCUGAAGCAGACACAGGGUACUCGCAGCACUCAGCACCACGGAAGCCAUCGUGACGCGCCACACCCGCGUGCUCCAAUCAACUCCACCCCAGCCGGUUCUUAUUACAACUCGUUGCCCAAAGGGGCCGGGCUGGGUGCGCCCCGAAGUUCCUUCCCACCGGUACGCAGUAAAAAGCAGCAACAGUCCAGCUCGACCUCGCUCCCGACAAAGUCAGCCUCCAAUACAAUCCCACGCAGCAACUCCUCGCAACAGUUGCGCCAAACGUCUCAAAACAAUGGCCAAUCGAUGUCGAUCAGUGGAGGCGUGAACAGUGCCACGUUACCCCAUCGGUCGGUAGAAUUUUCACGCAUUCGUGUGUCCGACUUUAAGCAGCUGGUACACGGCCAACAGCGACGCAGUACGUCCAAUGGGAGCACGCACAAGAUCGGUCUAUCGGGCAACGGAAGCUCGGCGACGAACGUUGGCAGAGACUCGAGCAGCUCGGCUACCAGUCCGGAAAUUACACCCAGGACACGCAACAAACAGCGCCGUUUGCUGUCGUCGGCCAGUGUUCCCUUUCAGCUGGAAAAUCUUGAGCUAGAACCGGUAGGUGGCGGUGGUGGUGGAGUUGGUGGAGGUGUCGCAUCCGGACCGGGAGCUACUGCCGGAGCGGUAGGAUUCAGUGAAAGUCUACCGAACCUGGCACCACCGCCGGCCGCUUUUGCCAGCGAUACUCCACCGGGUCCAGUGGGGGGCGCCACCUUUCUACUGCGAAGACGCCACUCGAGCAGUGAGUCGACGUCCUCGCUUAGCGAACAGUCCGGUUGGGUUUCGAGCAGGCGCAGUACGGGCCCAUCCAGUCCGGACACACUCCGGAACGAUCAGCGGGUUGUGAAUGGUGAGCAGCUGCGCAAGCGACUGCUGAAGCUGCUAAACGAGCAGCCCCGGUUGGUGCUGGAUCGUAAGAACAGUACACCUUCCUCAACGACUGAGUUCUUCGCACGGAGCAAUCAAAGCUCGAUGAAGUCAAGGGUAGGCUUUGGGCCGGGCGAUAUGUUACGCGGUGCUUCGGUGCAGACGGAAAACUGGAACAAUCUCGAAAAGGAGUGGAACGAUUCGCGGGCCCGUGCGAUAGCCAAUGCGGCGAAUGGACCGUACGGUAUGGUUAGUGGGAAACGAGCUCCGGACGCAACGGUUGAUUCCGCGACGAAGGAAGGCAUCAGCACAGCCGAUAUAAAGCCACCCAAGCGCACGAACAAGAAGGAAAAAUCCAAGUCAGAUUUUGACCUGGCGCACAUCUCGGACUAUGUGUUUGAUGACUUGCGGCUGCUUCCGCCGCAACAGUUCCGAGAUGUACCGCCACCACCGGACGAGUUCCGUGAUCCUCCCUCGUUCGUGGACGAUGUUUCGAACAAGGGCAACAAGGCGGAAGGAGCAGAAAAGCCGCGAAAAGCCGCCUCCGCAAUGGCUCCGCUGGACAUUCCUCCGCCGACGGAGCGUCAGAAGCCGCCGAAGGAAGAUCCACAGCAGCAACCGCCGCCUCUUCCAGCGCAGCAACCACCACAGCCACAGCAACAGAGCCAGCGACAGCAGAUUCAGUACUACGCGACACUCCCCAAGAGUCAUCCACCGGUUCCGAUGACUCCACUGUCGGUCAUAUUUCAGCCACAGAUCAUAACUGCGCCCGCACAAUCUCAACCACAGCAGCACUAUGCCACUCCGCAGUCGCUGUUGCAACAGCAUCACUACAGCAAACCCUUAAGCAAUCAGCUCUACAUGGGCCCCGGUACGGCACAGCCCACUCCCAAACCGAAAUGUGAAGUGCAGGCCAUCGAUAACCCACUGUACCACAUCUACGAGGUGGUCAAAACUCCUCGACCCGUCAUGAAAUCGCAAAGCUCAAACGAACUGGCCGCCAUUGCGAAAUGUGCCGAAACCCUGAACAAUGCAAACGCCACCAAUCUCUGCACCGUUGCCGUAGCAACACAGAUGCAAACACCACAUCAACCGAUGCCACCGAUGGCUCACAAUGGCAAACAGCAGUACGUACCCUCGACGACCGCUGCGUCCUCUGUCGAGCGGCAAGCUUCGGUGCGAGAAACACCUCCACAGGCGUCCGCCACAGAACCGGUUGUGUCCGGAUCGGUACGCCGAAAGGCGAACGAGCCCGAAGAAGACCCGGACGAGAAUCCGGACCGGAAGCGUGUCGAUCCACCGAUGCAGCUGCUCGAGUUUGAAAAGUGUCGCGAAGAGUUCCGCAAACAGAUCAACUACUCCGGGUCGAUCUAUUCCGACUUUCAGAAGAUGGCAUCCGAGAUGCCUUACUUUCACAUUGCGGACGAGUUCCGGGCGUUUUCACCGGCCGGCCUACAUCUGGUGAUCUGUGUCCAUGGGCUGGACGGGAAUUCGGCUGAUCUGCGGCUAGUGCGCACGUACCUCGAGCUCGGACUGCCCGGUACGCAUCUGGAGUUUCUGAUGUCGGAGCGAAACCAGGGCGAUACGUUCUCCGACUUUGAUACGAUGACCGAUCGGUUGGUCGCGGAGGUGCUGUACCACAUCGAAACAUAUCAGCUCAACCCGAGCCGCAUCUCGUUCGUCGCCCACUCGCUCGGUACGAUCAUUGUGCGGUCGGCGUUGGCGAGACCUCAGAUGCGACCGCUGCUGUCCCGGUUGCAUACGUUCCUGUCGCUGUCCGGACCGCACCUGGGCACGCUGUACAACUCGAGCGGGCUCGUCAAUAUGGGUAUGUGGUUUAUGCAAAAGUGGAAAAAGUCGGGCUCGCUGCUGCAGCUCUGCCUUCGCGAUGCAGCCGAUCCGCGUCAAAGCUUCCUGUACCGGUUAAGCCAACGGAGCACGCUGCAUCACUUCAAAAACGUGCUGUUGUGCGGAUCGUCUCAGGAUCGCUAUGUUCCGCCACAUUCGGCACGGUUGGAGCUGUGUAAGGCCGCUGUACGAGAUCAGUCGAAUCUGGGGAUUGUUUAUCGGGAAAUGGUACACAACAUUAUAGCGCCCAUGCUGGCCCGGCAGGAUCUUACGCUGGCCCGGUUCGACGUACACCACGCGCUACCACACACAGCGAACGCGCUAAUCGGCCGUGCCGCUCACAUUGCCGUACUCGAUUCGGAACUGUUUAUCGAGAAGUUCCUGCUGGUGGCCGGGUUGAAAUAUUUCAGCUAGCCACUGAAUGGUGACAGCCGAUGACGGCGACCAUCACUUCAGCGAGGAUAAUUAGCAAUAACUCCAAUGGUAAAGCUGCCUGCCGUGUCGACAUCUUUACAGCAACGAUUGAAACACUUUCAUAGUUUUUUCAGCAUGAGACAAAUUUUAUCGAACGCGAAACAAAGAAAAAAAGGAAUUCAAGACGAGUUUUUUAAAUUAUUCGCUACGACAUAAACUUUAUACUUUAAGUAUAACUUAAAAACGAGAUGAAAAGGAAUUAAAAUCGAUGAGAGUGAUACAAAAUACAGAAACUCAAUCAACCAGGGUACGACUUGCGAGGAAGUGACCGAAACAGUGACAAGAACGCUAGAACUGGCCAACAACAAAUCAUUCUUCCUCACUGCCGGAACCUUUUUUUUCUUUGGGAGAUUGAUUGAUCGAUAAAUGCCAAAAGAAGUGGUUAAUAUUAAUUUUAUGGCAUUUUAAGGUUCUCUUUUUUUCUCUGCGAUGCUUUAUAAAAUAAGAAAAUAUGGACCAGUGCAUUAAAGUGAACUCGAAGAUCAAAACAAUGUGUAGACAAGAAAACCUCUCUGGACAUCAAACAAAUGGAAACGAAAUCAAACUUAGCAACCAAACUCAAUCUUUUCUCUUGUUCUAUCUAUCUCUCUCUCUGUCUAUCACGACUCACAACAGACAACUUGUGGAACACACAUUCGUAUAAGCGAAAAUUGAGACUGACACUUAGUUUCGAUACCAGCACUCUCUAAACGAUAUUGCUUUCGUUAGCUGUUUCUUGGCAUUAGGCACCGUAACGGGUGUAACUGUCUGGACGACGUACAUCCGAGUAACUUUUUACUUUAGAUAGAGCGUUUGUGUAGCAACGAUAUUAACAACAACAAAAAAACAAACACACAGUUUGGGAACUCUUUCUUACGAAAACCGAAAGUAACACUAAACUAACGAAACGCAAUUGGUCCGCGGCCAUCGGCCAUCCUACUUGAUGAUAUUUCCCCUAGGGAGCCUGUCUGUCUGUUUGUGAGUAAGUGUAUGUGUACGUGGUGUACGUAAAAACGUGUACGAUUAGUGUGUUUAACAUUAAGGACAACAACGCUAGGUUAGUUCAAUAUCAUCGAGUACAGGGACACACGGAAAGCACAGAGCCACACGUGCUUCAGCCGAAAGAAGGGAAACAAGUGAAAACGAAACGUUAAAACAUUGAACAUAAGCGGCUUUCUUUCCAAAUUCAUCCUUAUAGGAACGAGUUCGGUUUUGUUACACCAUUUUUCGAUCAUUUUCUGCUGUGGAAAGGAAUGCCGAUGAAAUACUUACUCAGUAAGCGCAUAACAUCGGACUGCUCCUGCAAGGUAUGCAAUUCGCACCACAACACACUGUGCACACUAGAUUACCGAAACACACGUUGACAGUUCGACGGUUUGAUUCAUUUCAAGCGGAGCAUACAUUCGGAAGGUUGUUGUUGCGUUGUGUUCAUCGUACAUUUAAAUAACCAGUGGAACGGUGGCAUGUGUGAAUCCUUAAAACUGGAUGCAAAUUUUUAAAUAGAUGGCUGUAAACUUAAACAAUUCCUUUCGUUCGGCAUCUCGUGCAUCGGGUCGAUUUUUUGCGUUAAAGUAAAUGUUUAUAUGUGCGUGUGUACACCGUCGUGAAAUAGGUGCAAUAGUCAAUUAUACGAUAAUUAAACGGGCAGGAAACGAGAUGGAAAAGAAAGCCGGAAGAGCAUACCGGAAAGCAACUUGUGAUUAGGAAGAAGGCAUCCGAUAUCCAGUAUGGAAAAUGGAAAGCUGUGUUGGUUUUCUUUUCUUUUCUAGUGUUAGUUAUCUCUUUUCUAAAAUACAUUACCGAAAGCGUUCCGUUUUGCGAGUGACAGUUUUGCUGAGCAGCGUGUAGAAAAAAAAACAAACAAACACCAAUUUCUUAACCAAAACAAAAAGACACACACACAUACAAAAAAGGGAAAAGGUGAUGCAAAAAUUAGAUACGAAUACGAGUGAUGGAAUGUAGUAAAAAGGAAGAAGGAAUGUGGAAGAAGGAAAGGAUAAAUAAUUAAUCAAAAAACACAAAUACUAAAUGAAAAAGUAAAAACAGGAUUUGUUUAAAUGUAAGAAAAUAGAAAACAAAAUUAAGUAUGUAAAUGAAGGAGGUAACGAAUAUGAUAAAGCAACAGAGAAAUGCGUGCAACUGGAAAGCUAACCAAAAAACAGAAAUCGAAAAGCAGAACCGCACAACUCAAUAGUCGGAUUAAAACCAAAGGAAUAGUGACCAAAGAUGAUAGAAACGGAAGUCCGGCACACACGAGCUAGAAACGAGCCACGAAGAACGAGGCUCGAUUUUGGGUGCGUGUGUGCUUGCAACACUUUUAAGCCAUGUUAAACGAUGGGUUUCGCGUACGAGCGCUGGGAGAGUGCACUGGUUUUAACGAGACAAAGUAUCACCAUUACUAUCUACCCUGUUGAAAGGAAGUUGAUGUUGGGAAGGCAAGGAAUUGUUAGGGUGGGAAACCCGAGUGGCAACCCCGUUUGAGCCACCAAAUUGAUUCUAUCUACUUCGAUUCUACUACCAUGCAUGCCUACCUACACCAUGCUUUUUCCCCAUUAUAUUUUUUACCACCAAUGUACUACUUGUUGAGCGUUUGAACCGUGUUGGAAAUCAUAUAGAGUGUGUUAAGCGGCCGCCAGCGGUUCGGAUAGUUUGUUGCAGGAAUAGAUAUACUCACCGCUAGUGUUGGAUUAUAUAUAGAAUGAACUGAACCCUAACAGAAGAGUCCAGGUGUGAGCCUUGUUGCUGAAGGGGGGGUGAAUAAAAUGUGCUAAUUGGGAAAUGUUAACACAACGCACAUAGUUUGCAUAGCUUUAGGCGCCAGCCUGCUUUGAAUGCUAGCAGUACGCCUAAAGUUAUGCAAUCUGCGUGACAAGUGAUCUCAGUAACCGUGUUUAUUAUUCACCACCAAAGAAAGCAAGGUGUCGGCUUGGACAUGAUUGCCUGCAUUUCCUAUUUCAGCUCCUGUCCCGUUCUUACAGUUUUACAGAAAAAAAUUAACAAACUCGAAUCGAAUUAGCUGAAGAAAUGGGUGCGUUGAAACGCAAUAAAGCAGACGUGAUCUGAAAUCGGCGAAAAAGGCAAUGCGGGGUUUAAGAUGGAAUCGUUUGAUUAGUAUAUUGUGGUUUAUCCGAUGGAAAGAGAAUUGAAAGCACAAAUCAUGGUUUAAAGAAGCAAAAUAAAUAUGCCGAACGAGAUCGAGCAAAGCAAAUGCGGGGUGGACUGCAACAGGUGCAAAGGAAUAGUAAACGGAACCUUCAUAAAAGGAAAGCAAACUAACCAUGAUAUUAACGAAUCAACUUUUAUGAACAGACACACACACACACACAGUCGAUGAAAGCGUAUAAUCAAACCCAAAUAGAACCCAACAAACCUAUUUAACGUAACGAAACUAAAUAACGAAGUGUGACCCACUAACCACACUCAGUAGCAAAAUAGUUAACUUAGGGAUGAGGGAAGGAAAACAAUAUAAUAACAAAAACGAAACAACAUUUGUAAUGCAAAACAAACCCAAAAGCCCAACACAUAACACGAAAAAAAUUAAAAAAAAAAACCAGAAAUAGAAACAGAAAGAAAACUAAAAAAAAGCAAGUCGUACAUAAAAACAUACCAACCAUCUCACGUAGGAUGUGUGCAGUUUCAGUAGUAGUUUAAUUAAAAAGCAAAACAUUGAGUUGUUUUCGGUUUAAUUUUGGUUCUCAGUUUUUGUUUCUCGUUUCGAACUCUGGAACCGAAUGCAUCGAUCAUCAUUUAAAGGAAGAAAAACUUGAAGAAACAUGCUUACAUAGGGAAAUGGAACACCAAAUUACAGUAAACGAAAACCAAUACAGCCAGGGUACUAUCGGCCCAAUUGAUGAGUGUUGUUUACUACAAUGAGUUAUCGGAUGAUCGAAGAAGUAUCGGAGAGCUUGGAAUCGAAUCAAAAGAAAACAGGUAAAUCAAACGAAACAAAACAAGAGUUGACAAAUUGGCGUACAAGCAAAGUUGGACGAAAAACAUAAACACUGGGCGGUAAGGAAUGCGAUGGCGACUAGAUUUCAUUUAUCAUAGACCGGUAGAUGCGAAUCUUGUGUUGAUGAUACAAACAUUGAGACAAAAAUAAAACUUUAUUCAAAAAA